UCCUUCCGAUGAUUCGGCUCUUCUCGGCUCAGUCUCAGCGCAGCGUCUGCAGCCGUCGUUUGAGUCGUCGCUACCGCUGCCCCCUCGCGGAAUCAGAGCCAGUGUAUACCGUCCGCCCACCGCCCCGGUGCCACUAGGAGGAAGCGAAAAGGAGGCCGCCUGCGGGUUUGUCGCCGCUGCUCGAUCCCCGCCCGGGAGAGCCGAGCCCCGGCCCAGUCGGUCGCCUGCCACCCUUCGUAGCCGUUACCCUCGGGCCGCCACAGCCGCCGACCGGGAGAGGCGCGCGCCAUGGCCUCUGGAGCUGAUCUUCUCAAGCCAUAGUUUCCUGAGUCUGAGGGAAGAUCACUUGGGGCCUUGACAUCUAGGAUACCAGUGCUCAGAAUACCAGGAGCUGCUGGAAUGGGAAUUUUCAAAAGGUGAUGACUUAUCAACAGCCAUUCUUAAACAGAAGAACCGUCCCAAUCGGUUAAUUGUCGAUGAAGCCAUCAAUGAGGACAACAGUGUGGUGUCCUUGUCCCAGCCCAAGAUGGAUGAGCUGCAGUUGUUCCGAGGUGACACAGUGUUGCUGAAAGGAAAGAAGAGGCGGGAAGCUGUGUGCAUUGUGCUUUCUGAUGACACAUGUUCCGAUGAGAAGAUUCGAAUGAAUAGAGUUGUUCGGAAUAACCUUCGUGUACAUCUAGGGGAUGUCAUCAGCAUCCAGCCGUGCCCUGAUGUGAAGUACGGCAAACGUAUCCAUGUGCUACCCAUUGAUGACACAGUGGAAGGCAUCACUGGCAAUCUCUUCGAGGUCUACCUUAAGCCAUACUUCCUGGAAGCUUAUCGACCCAUCCGGAAAGGAGAUAUUUUCCUUGUCCGGGGUGGAAUGCGUGCUGUAGAGUUCAAAGUAGUGGAGACAGAUCCCAGCCCUUACUGCAUUGUUGCUCCAGACACAGUGAUCCACUGUGAAGGGGAGCCUAUCAAACGAGAGGAUGAGGAAGAGUCCUUGAAUGAAGUAGGCUAUGAUGACAUUGGUGGCUGCAGGAAACAGCUAGCUCAGAUAAAGGAGAUGGUGGAACUACCCCUGAGACAUCCUGCCCUUUUUAAGGCAAUUGGUGUUAAGCCUCCUCGGGGAAUCCUGCUCUAUGGACCUCCUGGGACUGGGAAGACCCUAAUUGCCAGAGCUGUGGCAAAUGAGACUGGAGCCUUCUUCUUCUUGAUCAAUGGUCCCGAGAUCAUGAGCAAGUUGGCUGGUGAGUCUGAGAGCAACCUUCGUAAAGCCUUUGAGGAGGCUGAGAAGAAUGCUCCCGCCAUCAUCUUCAUUGAUGAGCUAGAUGCCAUUGCUCCCAAAAGAGAGAAAACCCAUGGGGAGGUGGAGCGGCGUAUUGUAUCACAGUUGUUGACUCUCAUGGAUGGCCUAAAGCAGAGAGCACAUGUGAUCGUCAUGGCAGCAACCAACAGACCCAAUAGCAUUGACCCAGCCCUUCGACGAUUUGGUCGCUUUGACAGGGAGGUAGAUAUUGGAAUCCCUGAUGCUACAGGACGCUUGGAAAUUCUUCAGAUCCAUACCAAGAACAUGAAAUUGGCAGAUGAUGUGGACCUGGAACAGGUAGCCAAUGAGACCCACGGGCAUGUGGGCGCUGACUUAGCAGCCUUGUGCUCUGAGGCUGCUCUUCAGGCUAUCCGCAAGAAAAUGGACCUCAUUGACCUAGAGGAUGAGACCAUUGAUGCUGAAGUCAUGAACUCUCUGGCAGUUACUAUGGAUGACUUCCGGUGGGCCCUGAGCCAGAGCAACCCAUCAGCACUGCGGGAAACUGUGGUGGAGGUACCACAGGUAACCUGGGAGGAUAUUGGGGGCCUGGAGGAUGUCAAACGUGAACUUCAGGAGCUGGUCCAGUAUCCUGUGGAGCACCCAGACAAAUUCCUCAAAUUUGGCAUGACACCCUCCAAGGGAGUACUCUUCUAUGGACCUCCUGGCUGUGGGAAAACCUUGCUGGCCAAAGCCAUUGCUAAUGAGUGCCAGGCCAACUUUAUCUCCAUCAAGGGUCCUGAGCUGCUUACCAUGUGGUUUGGGGAGUCUGAAGCCAAUGUCAGGGAAAUCUUUGACAAGGCCCGCCAAGCUGCCCCCUGCGUACUAUUCUUUGAUGAGCUGGAUUCAAUUGCCAAGGCCCGUGGUGGUAACAUUGGAGAUGGUGGUGGAGCUGCAGACCGAGUCAUCAACCAGAUCCUGACAGAAAUGGAUGGCAUGUCUACAAAAAAGAAUGUGUUUAUUAUUGGGGCUACCAAUAGGCCUGACAUCAUUGAUCCUGCUAUUCUGCGACCUGGCCGUCUUGAUCAGCUCAUCUAUAUUCCACUUCCUGAUGAGAAGUCCCGUGUUGCCAUCCUCAAGGCCAACCUGCGCAAGUCCCCAGUUGCCAAGGAUGUAGAUUUGGAGUUUCUGGCUAAGAUGACUAAUGGCUUCUCUGGAGCUGACCUGACAGAGAUUUGCCAACGUGCUUGCAAGCUGGCCAUCCGUGAAUCCAUCGAGAGUGAGAUUAGGCGAGAACGAGAGAGGCAGACCAACCCAUCUGCCAUGGAGGUAGAAGAAGAUGAUCCAGUGCCUGAGAUUCGCCGAGAUCACUUUGAGGAAGCCAUGCGCUUUGCUCGCCGUUCUGUUAGUGACAAUGACAUCCGGAAGUAUGAGAUGUUUGCUCAGACCCUUCAGCAGAGUCGGGGCUUUGGCAGCUUCAGAUUCCCUUCAGGAAACCAGGGUGGAGCUGGCCCCAGUCAGGGCAGUGGAGGCGGCACAGGUGGCAGCGUGUACACAGAAGACAAUGAUGAUGACCUGUAUGGCUAAGUGGUGGUGGCCAGCAUGCAGCGAGCUGGCCUGGCUGGACCUUGUUCCCUGAGGGUGGGGGCGCUCGCCCAGGAGGGACCAGGGGUGUGCCCAUGGCCUGCUCCAUUCCUCAGUCUGAACAGUUCAGCUACAGUCAGACUCUGGACAGGGGGUUUCUGUUGCAAAAAAAUACAAAACAAAAGCGAUAAAAUAAAAGCGAUUUUCAUUUGGGAGGCGGAGAGUGAAUUACCAACAGGGAAUUGGGCCUUGGGCCUACGCCAUUUCUGUUGUAGUUUGGGGCAGUGCAGGAGACCUGUGUGGGUGUGAACCAAGGCACCACCGCCACUCCCCACAGUAAAGCAUCUGCACUUCACUCAGUGCUACUCAAGCCCUCCCUUCUUCCCUCUGCCCAACCUGGGCAGGAGGAUGAAGGGCCACAGUUGCUGGGUGUUUAUAUAGAGUAGGUUGAUUUUAUUUUACAUGCUUUUGAGUUAAUGUUGGAAAACUAAUCACAAGCAGUUUCUAAACCAAAAAUGACAUGUUGUAAAAGGACAAUAAACGUUGGGUCAAAAUGGA